AUGGACAAUGAUAUUCAUGCUCCAACUGUUGCCUCUGGACCGGCAUCUGGGGCUGCUCCCCGCGAUCUGUCCAAGUUGUCGAUGCCAGAUCUGAUGCAGGAGAAAGAACGCAUCGAGGCGGAACUGUCAGCUCUUAGUAGCGUCCUCCAGUCGCAUGGAGUACGCAUGACUUCAUCUCUUACCACCUUCGACGGUUUCCCCCGUGAUGAUAUCGACAUCGCGCAAGUUCGCACAACACGCGUGCGCAUUAUCCACCUACGGAACGACCACAAGGAGGUGAUGCAACUUAUCGAGAAAGGUGUCCACGCACAUUUCGCCAACCUACAAAAUACGCAAGGCGCCAGCCCAACUACGAAUGGCACCAACGUUCCACCGGCUGCGCAAUCAUUGACGAAUACCACCGCGUCGGGGACACCCUUUGCCAAGGUCAAUAGCGUGGUUUCGGGAAGUCCAGCAGACCAGGCAGGACUGAAAGCUGGCGAUGCAAUUCGAGGUUUUGGGAAUAUCAAUUGGCUGAACCACGAGCGCCUUUCAAAGGUUGCGCAAGUGGUUCAAGAAAAUGAAGGGCGGGCAGUAUCGGUCAAAGUCAGCCGGAAGGAUGAAGGAAACACUGAAACCACAACGGAGUUGGACCUCCAGCUCACCCCUCGACAGAAUUGGGGCGGCCGUGGCCUUUUAGGAUGUCACUUGGUUCCGCUAUAA